AUGAAUACCCUUGUCGGCGAUCAGUACCAGUUCCUGCAACGCAGUGCCAUACCCACCUACCACUUUCAAAAGAGUCUUCGCCGUCUGCCUGUUCCAAAACUGUCCGAUUCCUGUAAUAGAUUCCUCAAAUCAGCAAAGGUAGUUCUGAGUGACUCGGACUAUGGACGUACGCAAGAAGCGGUUCGUAAAUUCGAAACCAAUGAAGGACCAGUGCUACAGAGCGCUCUUUUGGAAUACGAUCGUAACCACAAAGACACGAGCUAUAUUUGUGAGCCUUGGUUUGAUAUCUAUUUGCGAUCUCGACUUCCAUGUCCUGUCAAUUUUAACCCCUUCAUGAUGUAUGCUCCAGACCCAAUAGCGAAAUACAACCACCAGUUAUCACGUUCGACAAACUUCGCCAUUUCUUUUGCAAGGUUUAGACGGGCUUUGGAUAAAAAUAUCCUAGCUCCUGAAGUAUUUCAUCUAAAUCCAAAGAAGAGCGACACCAAAUUAUUUCGGAACGUAUGCCGAGCCCUCCCUCCUAGCCUGUCAUGGUUCGGAGCGGUAAUGUUCAAAGCUUUCCCACUUGACAUGAGUCAGUAUAAAUCGCUAUUCAAUGGGACACGCAUUCCAAAACACGAUAGGGAUAUCCUCUAUCAGGAUUCAACUCAGAAACACUUUAUGGUGCUCUACCGUGGCAGAGUGUACAUAGUGGACAUCUUUGAUGACAAUGGUGAUAUUCUUCCUGCCAGUGAUAUUCACAACUCAUUAUCGCAUAUUCUGAAGAAUGGGAAACAACAAGAAAGUGACAAAUGUGUAGGUUCGCUCACAACUCUGGGACGGGACGUAUGGGCGAGUGUUCGUGAGGAAAUGCUGGAGGCUGGUAAUGCGGAUAAACUUCGCUUGAUUGAUGGUGCCUUCUUCACGCUUUGUUUAGACGACUUAAAAUCAGAUGAUCCUAUUAGAGAUACCAAUACUCACCAUUUCGUCACACCCGAUACUGAUCCACAGCCUGCAAAUCCUGCUAUGGUGAAAGAAAUAGAAUUUACUCUUACUGACUCUUUGCGAUCACGGAUAAAGUCUGCUCAAAGGGAUCAUAUUGCUAGAAAUAGUGGACUGAGUUUUGGAACGAUGGAGUACACUGAUAUGAACAAGGAUAUGAUCAAGAAGUCCAAAAUGUCACCCGACGCCAUUAUGCAACUGGCCAUUCAAAUAGCAUUCUACUCUCUAUACAAGCAGACAGUUCCCACUUAUGAAUCUUGCUCAACCGCAGCCUUUCUGAAAGGACGGACAGAGUGCAUGCGUUCUGCAACGGCUGCUACUAAAGAAGCUACUUUAGCUAUACUUGGAGGUGGUGCGACGAAUGUUGAACAGUUGUUAUUAAACUGUUCUACCGUACAUGGACAGCUGGUGAAAGAGGCGUCAAUGGGUCAAGGAUUUGAUCGUCACAUGCUUGGAUUGAAAAUUACGGCUAACCGACUUGGAAAGCCAAAUCCGUUGCUUUUCGAAGAUCCUGGAUUUCUCCGCAUGGAACAUUUCCUCCUUUCUACGAGUACUCUCUCAACAAACACAAUCAUUCUUGGAGGUUUUGGUCCCGUGGUAGAGGAUGGUUUCGGUAUCGGGUACAACGUUUCCUCCUCUCGGAUGGGCGCCGUUAUCUCUAGUUACAAGAAACAUCGAGAUGCGAAGGAGUUCGGUGAAGCGUUGCUGAAAACUCUCGAUAUCUUGCGUAAUAUUAUAAGGAAAUUGCAAUAG